GCUCACCAACUUUCAAGAGAUCCCUACUCGUAGCGACUUGCGAAUUGAAUUUCCAUAUAUUGGUAUUGCAAUCAUAUCACCAACGCAAUCGAACGCCGAGUCCUCUCACAAUGCCGUCGCGCUCGCCGUCUCCAAUGGAUCGAUCGCGAUCACGAACGCGUUCUCCAAGUCCUCGCGACCGUUCGCGCACAAGAUCUCCUCGGCGCUCUAUUUCGGCACGAUCGCUGUCGCCUCGUGGGUCGAGGUCGCCACGCUCUGUGUCCCGUUCUCGGUCACGCACACGGUCCCCCACGCCUCGGCGCAACGGGCGCAGAAGCCUCACACCAGACGACAGGGCAAGAUCGCGGUCACGGUCGCGCACAAAAUCACCAAACGGCAGAGGAAGGAGCUUCACGCGAAGUCCCAGCCCUCGAGAUGGCUCGCCUGCGCCGAGGAGCGCAAAGAUCGUAGUGGAAGCCUUGACAAGGAAUGUCAAAGAAGACCAUGUUCGCGAAAUCUUUGGGAAGUACGGUACCAUCAAGGAAUUGAGGAUGCCGAUGAAUCCAGUUUUCAAUGUGAACCGCGGGACUGCAUACAUCAUGUAUGAGGAGAUCGAAGAUGCGGAGCGCGCAAUCGCGAAAAUGCACGAGGCUCAAUUGGAUGGAGCCAAAAUUCAAGUUUCAAUCGUCCUUCCCCGUCGCCGUUUCUCCCAAACACCACCUCCAAGGCGAGGAGGACCACCACCGCGAUUCCACGACGACCACAAUGGUUUCGGAGCUGGAGGGCCACCUGGCGCCUACAGGCCACCACCAAUGGGUGGCUAUGGCGGUGGACGGGGGCGUGGACGAUCACCUUCACCACGCGGAGGCUGGCGAGGACGGGGCAGAGGACGGGGCAGAGGAGGGCGUGGAGGCGGAGAUUUCGGUCACAGGCCACGCUCGUACUCCAGGUCCAGGAGCCGGUCACCGCGAAGGAGCAUAUCGCGAUCCUCAUACAGCCGGUCACCGUCAAGGACACCGCCACGCCGCAGAGGAGGCGGAAGUGGGCGAGGUGGAGGAGGCUAUGGGCGAAGAGACUCGUCACCAAGAAGAGGCGGACGAGGCGGCGGUGGGAGGCGAAGCCCGAGCUACGAUUCCUACGACAGUCCACGAUCCAAGAGCAGAAGCAGGAGCAGGAGCAGGAGCCGAAGAUAGAGCGAGAAGACUUGAACCCAAUGGACAUCUUUUUGGAGGAAUGCCUCAAUUCUCACAGGUGCCAGCUUUGGAAACUUCAGUUCCGCCGCGAUUGCCUACCAGCGACUCCCAGGAAUCGUGAUAUGUCCUCAUGUCAGCUUUUCGGUGAUGUAUAACCAUCCCCAGCUUGCUAGAGGUACGGUGUAAUUUGAACGGAUAUGUGAGCUAGACGUCGGUUGCGGCUUCUGCUGUUGCUCUGAUGUGGCGGUUUCCUUUGCGGUUGUUGCCUCCUUCUGUCACUGCAUGCCUUGUUUCGUCGUCACUGUCGCAGCGAUUAAGAAUUCAUGGCACUGUUCUUUUUUGCUACUAAUGCAUGCGAG